GCCUUACAUUGUCUACAUUUUAUUAUAUAACACGAUAAGUUUCUCGUGAUAUUUUUAGUAUACUUUUAACUUUUAAAGUUGAAUGUUUAUAAAAAAAAAAAAAUGGUUAAACCACGUGUUCUUGUAAUUAGUAAUGACACACCUUCAGUUGGUUUAGAUCUUCUUAGAACAAAAUGUGAUUUGACAAUUUUGCCGUCUUCUAAUCCAACAAGGGAACAAGUUCUUAAGGCAAUUCCUGGACAUGAUGGAAUUUAUCUCUCUGUUCAUGCCAAUAUUAACAGCGAAAUGCUUGAUGCUGCAGGCCCUAACUUGAAAGUUGUUUCUGCAAUGUCAGCCGGUUAUGAUCAUUUGGAUAUACCUGAAAUAAAAAGAAGAGGAAUAAAAGUUGGACACACACCGGAAGUUUUGUCAUCCGCUGUUGCUGAUAUCGCUGUAAUGUUACUAUUAAGUGCAUCAAGAAGAGCCUACGAAGGACGAUUAAAAUUAAUGGAAGGCAAAGUUGAAAAUAGACCACAAUGGUUAUUGGGAGUUGAUGUAAAAGGAUCAACAAUUGGAAUUGUAGGUUUUGGAAAUAUUGGCCAAGCAAUUGCAAAACGACUAAAAGGAUUUGAAAUAAAAAAUAUUCUCUACACUGGACAUACAAAAAAGAAAGCAGGUGAUGAAUUGGGAGCUGAAUUUGUGUCACUUGAUGAACUUUUGGAAGAAAGUGAUUUUGUAAUUGCAAUUACGCCAUUAACAAUUGAAACAUUAAAAAUGUUUAACGACAAUACCUUUGGGAAAAUGAAGAAAAAUGCCGUUUUCGUUAAUGUUGGAAGAGGAAAAGUUGUUGACACUGAUUCAUUGGUGAGGGCUCUCAAAAAUAAGACAAUAUUUGCCGCUGGACUCGAUGUCGUUGAUCCUGAACCACUUCCACUUGAUCACGAACUUCUGAAAUUACCAAAUUGUGAAAUUGUACCACAUCAAGGUAGUGCGACAAUUAAAACUCGGAAUAGUAUGUCAAGAAUAGCUGCUCAAAAUCUUCUAAAUGCAUUAGAAGGAAAACCAAUGAUUUAUCCUUUAUAAUUUCUAAAAACAUUUUAUAAACUCUAAAUCGUUUAUUUUUGUUAUAAAUAAAAUAAAUUAAAAAAAAUAAUUAUAAAUAAAAUAAUAAAAUAAAUAUAUUUUAAUUAAAAAUAA